UUAUCAAAUUAAUUAUCUUUUUCUUUUCUUUUUACGGUAUCAAUAAUCACUUUGAAACCCUAGAUCAGGUUACCCCCAAAUUAAAAAGAACUUGCAGGGUUUGCAAUCGGCGAUAUUCAUCCAAUCGAUCGAAAAUGAGCGGUGCAGGUAAGAAAGUAGUGGAUGUUGCAUUCAAGGCAUCAAAAUCAAUCGAUUGGGAUGGUAUGGCGAAGAUGAUCGUCUCCGAUGAGGCUCGCAAGGAGUUUUCUUCACUCCGUCGUGCUUUUGAGGAGGUCAACUCAACUCUCCAGACCAAAUUUAGUCAGGAACCAGAACCUAUUGACUGGGAAUACUACAGAAAAGGGCUUGGAUCUCGUAUAGUUGAUUCUUACAAAGAAUACUACGAUAGUGUUGAAAUCCCAAAGUUUGUUGAUAAGACUACUCCCGAGUACAAACCCAAGUUUGAUGCACUGUUGGUGGAACUGAAAGAAGCUGAACAGAAAUCUCUUAAGGAAUCUGAAAGAUUAGAGAAAGAAAUUGCUGACGUCCAAGAGCUGAAGAAAAAGCUUAGCACGAUGACUGCCGAUGAGUACUUUGAGAAGCACCCAGAGUUGAAGCAGAAGUUUGAUGAUGAAAUCAGAAAUGAUUACUGGGGUUAUUGAUUUUCUCAGGUGAAUCAAUUUCAUUUUGUUUUAGCAUAAUACCGAAAUAAAGCAAAAGCGACACAGAUGCUCUAAAUUUUUAUUUGUUUGGGUGUUUUGAGGAAAUAUUAUGGAGUUGUGUACUCCGUCAUGAUGACGAAAUCUUAUUCGAACAUGCAAGUCUUGAGUAUGACUUGAUGCGCUUUCAUGUUGAAUACAAUCGUUGUUUUUUGGUCAA